UCCGCCCGUUGCCCCGGAAGGGUGAUGUGGCUGGGGGUAUCGGAAGUCUCACUAUGUCUGCCAUUUUCAACUUUCAGAGCCUACUGACAGUAAUCUUGCUGCUUAUAUGUACCUGUGCAUAUAUCCGAUCCUUGGCUCCUAGCGUCUUGGACAAAAAUAAAACUGGACUGUUGGGUAUAUUUUGGAAGUGUGCCAGAAUUGGUGAACGAAAGAGUCCCUAUGUAGCAGUAUGCUGUAUAGUCAUGGCAUUCAGCAUCUUAUUCAUCCAGUAGCUGGGAAAAUGGUAGAAUUUAAUUGCUUUCAGAUUUCUGUAGAUAAAAGACUUGCCUACAGGAAACUAUGGGAAGAAUGAUUAUUGACCCUUUAAGCUGUGUACCUUGAUUGAAAGACUCUGGUUACUGUUCUCAAUUAUAUGUGUUAAUGGA